AUGCUUUUGGAGUUGAUGCAGUGCAUGACGAUGAUCUUUCAGUGCCAUGUUUUCCGAAUGAUCCUGCUGAACCUCAUGUUGAUGCUCCUGAACACCACAGUUGCGACCAUGAUGCAGAUUCUUUUCAGUAUUUUGGUGGCCCUGGUUUUGAUCAUGCCCUGGAUUACCCUCAAUUUCCAUCGUGUCCGUCAGGUGAGCAAGAUCUCCUUCCUGGUGCGCAAGGAUCAGGCUCAUGACAUGGAAAAGGCGGCUGGCAGGGCACCUGGUUUUGAUGAUUGUGCCUCAGUCAAGAGUUCGUUGGCCGUACCCAGUCUUAUGAGCGAGCUCCAUGACUUUCAGGGUGAAGAGGUCCCUGGUUGUGCUGGCACCGUGUUGCAACCCCCUGCAAGGGGCCCUGAGCUUGAUGGAGAUGCUGCCCUAGUUGAGGGGAUGGAGCUGGGUUAUCCGGAUGAUGCGACCACCCUACAACAGGGUCGAUGGCAGAUGGUGGCCAAGGUUGGAAAAUUGAUGUCGAGCCAAGAAUUUGUAAAGACUGCAGUGCUGGCAGGGCACCCCAUCAGCAGGGAGACCAAGCUUCCCGUCGCUCUUGACGCGGCAGUUGACUUCCUCAAUAACAAUCCGAUGCAUGUGGUUGCCAGGCAUAGGCUCACUGAGUUGGAGCGUUGGUUGGAUCGUGCGAAAGCGCUUGUUGAAGAUGAAGACGCCCUGCACAAAUCGCUUGACCCGGCCAUGACUGCGCCUGCGUCCGACCUGGUCGCUGAGCUCUUAAUGUUGGAAGAUAGGCCACUUGACAGCUUCUUACACUUGCAAGACAGCUCGAAGCUCAAACUUUCGCCGCACCGUCCAAUACCCUGGGUCUCUAUGCAGCAGCCUGAUAUCGUGAACUUCAGUGUGUUUAUCUCGGUGGCCUUGCUGUACUUAGACAUGCCACAGCCAGAGCCCAGAGUGCGUGCCUUCGAAACAGUCAUAGGUGCGCUGAAGCCACUCCUUGAGGCUUGCGGGAGACCGCCCUUUUUGAAGGCGGCAUUCGAAGUUUGGGCAAGCAUGUCCAACUCCCUGGUGGUGCUCGAAAAGCUCCACUUCCCAGACCUCCCACCAGAGACACCAACGUCGUUGGUCCUCCCACCGCGGCCCCAGCCACUGGGGGCCCUGCUGGACCAACGCUUCAGGGAGCACCAUGGAAAAUUUGGCCCCGCUUUAGCGGCACUCAGUGAAUUUUUGGACUGGUUCCGUCUUCACUACGACACGGACUUGCACAGCGAUACAUACAGUAUGCUGCAGGACACCAUGCUCCUGCUCCAGUCUUGUCAGACGCUCAUCGAGCUUGCCAGAGACGAACCUGUUCCAGCACCGGUGCCUUCUGCUUUGGCUGCUGGCCCUGCCCGUGGUGAAGCUGCAGCUCCACCUCCUGACCCGAACCAGCCUUGCAUGGUUCUUUUGCCGAACGAAUACUGA